AUGUCUCCUCGCAUUACCAGGGUCUCCCUUCACCGCGAACGUAGCCCCAGCAUCAUCUCCAAUCGAGAAAUCCAGCUCGUGCGAAGAUCAGCACGUCUAGCAAAAAGAGCCACAUCGCAGAGAUAUGCAUCUUGCACUCAAUUCGAUAGCUCACCAUCUCGCGCAAAAAGUCACAUCAACACCAUCACUGUACCCUCUGACACCACACCCUUUGUUAAAUCCAACAACUCCUGUCGUCCUCACCCACCUGCAUUCGCAUUCAUCAUUGAUUCAACUGCCGACUCUACAUCAUCAUCAUCAUCAUCAUCAUCAUCAUCAGAAUACCUGUAUAGGGACACCAAACUCGCCACACGAGAUUAUCAACAUACCCCUUUUCCACCUCCCCACAUGCCCUUCUCAUCACGCAUCAUACAGCACAAGCGUGGCACAAACUACGACAGUACUUACGAGCCCAGCAACGAAUCCUACGAACUCGAUGGCUUCGUCGUCCGCGACAACUACAGUGACAGCACUGACGACAUUGACUAUGGCUACGACGCCGAUGAGUCCGCCACAGAUGGAGUCCAAAGAAAAAAUAGUAUCUGCUCCACAUCUUCAGAAGACACUUUUUUCGUGCCUGGGGUGAAGAUUAAAAAGAAGAAAGUGCCCGAUUCACAUCUUCCAUUUCGCAGUAAACAGCUUGGAACUAGAUCGCCAGAAGAAGUCGCAGAGCAAAUUUCGGAUGCGAUACUGCUUUUCUCGCGGAGGUGUAACAGGGGGAGGAAGGCUAGGGGUGUUAGUGUUACACAAGAAGAUAUGCGGGAUGAAGAGGUGAGGGACGGAUUAGAGAGAGCGGGGAAGUUGGGGUUGGUUGUAAAAAAGGAGACGAGGGCGGGGUGUGUGGUAUGGUAUUUUGGUGCUCAAGGUGGCAAUAGGGUCAUGUGA